UCUGAAGAAACAAUGAUAAUUAUGAUUAUAUACAUCGCCUUUGAAGAUGGCGAGACAAAAUAACUGAUGGUUAAAUAAAUAUCGUACAGGUUAACUCUGGAACAAAAAUGAAACAGUUGAAUUUGCUCUGAGAAAGAUAUGUCUCUAUAUGUAAAUGAAAAAUAUAAGAACCUGAUUAAGACAUCUCUUAAUUGGUAUCUAAUUUGUAUUGUGAAACACCAUCAAUGACAGCCAAGUACAGACCAAGUUUAAGGUACCAUUAUGUUACGCAUGCUCAAAAUGUACAGAUGUGUGCUCACUCUGGUUACUCUGUUAGGGACAGAGAUGCUGUCAGGGGUUGUGGUGUGGAGCGAAGGAAAAGAGGACCCAAAUGCAGGACUUGUUGAUGAGUGAUAAACUGAAGGCCGUGUUUAUUAUUAAGAGUGGGUGAACAAAACAUGAAACAGAGGACUGCCUGACUGGCUGACUGAAUGACUAGCUGGCUGGCUGAACUGAAAACACUCACAGGAACAAUGGCAAGACAACAACAAUGACAAGACCAUGAACUGAUGAAACGGAGGGACUUAAGUACACAGACUGAAUAAUGAGUGAUUAGGGGCAGGUGAGUAAAGAGCUGGACUUAAUCUGAUUAAUGAUCAAUGGGAAGAGAACUAGAACACAAUGCGCACAGACUAAGGCUAACACAAUAAAACAGGAAGUGGAACAUACGGAAGAUAAACAGUGAACAUGAACUGAAAAUACUGGGUCAACAACCCAGGGACCGUGACAGAUACAUACUAUAGUCUCCUUUAUAUGAUUUACUUAAACACUUCUGUUUUAGAUUUGGUUAAUAUAAUUAUUGUUAUAGGUAGGAAAUACUGCUAGAUUUCAUUGUCAUAAUGCCUAAUACUGCACUGUUAGCCUUUGCAGUAAUUUCCAUAGCUUAGUACUGCAAAAUCAACAGUAAAAAACUCUAAAGGAUGUUAGCAGUUUAGUACUGUAAUUUGCAUGUAAUUGUGGGAAAAUUCCAUGAGAUUACAUUAUUUUUACGGUAACUCACUGUACUCAUGGAAACAGCUGUAAAAUACAGCAAAUGUAACAAUUGGUGAUGUUACUGAGAUUAUACUAUUACACCAUCUGGAUUUCUGUUGUUUUCUACUGUAGAUCUAAGAGUAAUUACCUAAAUCCUCAUUCGGAGUGUAUUACCAUAAAAUGCAAUUCAUUGUGAGAGUAGUAUCACAUGUAAACUACAAUAUGCAGCAUCAUUUUUAACUUAAGGAGUAAGUUGCAGCUACACUAUUUGAAGUAUUUGAAGUAUAACUGAAGUAUACUAAGAAGUACAACGAAAUUGCAUUGCAGUGCUUUUUAAACAAGAAUUUGUCACAAAUUCUUGUGUAAUGUCUUUUACCUUCUGAACAGAGUAAGUGGGAUAAAAAAAAAAAAAUGUUUAAACCGUGAGUGAAAAGGGUUAAUAGUUAAUAAACCUCAACUCUCAAAUCAUUUUCUCACCUGUUUGCAAUACAAUUCUGGUACGUGAACUUUGAGUGUAGUUCUCUGCAAAGGAAGCCUUCUGAUAGUUGGAACUAUUAUCUGACUGUCUGGGGAAUGGAGUGAUUUGUUACAUGUGAAAAAUAUGUUUCAACUGGAUUUUAAUUACUAUGUUUCAACCAGAAGUAAGCCAAAUAUAAACUAAAAAGUAAAUCAAUAGUAUACUUGUAAGUUUAGUAUUGUGUUAGAGUAGAGUAUAUUUUAAGUAUACUCUUAUAGACUGGAAAGGACAUUAUGCUAGUACAGAGUAUACUUCUAUAUACUAAAACGGGGGCCAAUGUAGGUAACGUAUACUUAGACUGAUUUCCUUUCUAUAUGUUACAUUUAAAGUAAUGUUUAAAAGUUACUUCAUUUAGCAGGGUGUAGCUUUUUACUCUUCUUAUUCUUUUUUAUACUGGAACUUCAUUGUUUCUGUAUAAGGUGGUACUUUUAAGACACCUCUGCCUAACUACAGUGAACUAACCAGAAGUCUCGGAAUAUGCUCUGGUGGUCAUUUUACACAAGUUCAGGUGUCACACCUAUGAAACCUACACCACUAACCAGCAUCAGUCCUACAACUUCACUCUCAAAUUUAAUAAAUUCUGGGACAAGCAGAAACUGUAUUUUUAGCGGUGCAUUUUGUGGCAGGCCAGACUGCUAUAAAAUGCACUCUCCUUGUAGCACCACUUCAUCUUGGUUCAGAAGAGAUGUCCUGGAUAUACAUGAUAAUGCAACACGGGUGUUUUUGUUUGUUCAUGUUUAGCGUGUUGGGUUGUGUUUUUAAAGCGAAUGUUAUGUUUUUAAAGCAUGUUAUGCGACAGGUGUGUGUAGCACUGGUUACACAUCUCAAUGGGAGAGCAAUAGUCGAGACCACACCUUUAUCUGACGUACAACAUGACGUAUGGCGCACACUUUCAAAACAACAAUGGCGGAUAGCAGAUAUUGAUCGAGGCGGCUAAUGCUCCUUUCGCUGGUUGCCAACCACCAUUAAAUAACAAGAAGAAGAAAAUAUUGAUCUGCUUUUCUUAGUUUUGCACGUUUAAGACACAAUUCAGACUCAAACAAAGCUGCAAAGCAGGAGAACAACAUGACCAUCAACUAUUCUGUGCCACAGUCCCAGUUUGCUGCAGCACAGAGUGAUGAUGAGAUGGUGGAAGUACAACAGAGACAAUUUACGGACCGUUAACAUGUGCAACUUAGAAGUAGUCAGAGGUAACUGGAUGGAGUUCAGUCAGGUUAAAUGCACGGUUGAUUGGAUUAUAUCUGAAGAUCGUAUGUUAUUCGUGACAACUCUGCUAGACUCCAAAUUUCUCGUCCAUGAGGGAGUAUCUCAAAAGUAAAUGAAACAACUAAACUUAACACUUUUUCCCUAAAACGGACUGACAUGGGAAACAUUAAAGUUGGAUUGACACCAGCUAAUCAGUCUGAAGGGAUGGAAAUUGAAGAGGAACUCACAAGCCUCCUGCCGACACUAGACAGAGAGAAAAUAAUCUGCAUUGUAGAACAUCUGACGGACGUUAUUGGUGUACAACAAAAAAGUGAUCUUUUGUUUGUGGAGGCGGAAGAUCUCAAACCCUUUCGCACACCAAUUCAAAUACGUAAACUACUUCUUGCAUUUAAAGGAGGUUUGUGUAGGUUCUGUACAAAUCAUAGAGUUGAGUCUAUGAUUUGAAGGUCACUCAUAGACUCAUAUGUCACUGAUUAGCUUUUUUUUCUCUUCACCAUACUACACAUGUACUUUGACAGUAUAAUAUUGAAGAGCGUUUUGGGGCUCACAUUGUCUGGUAGAUAAUUAACACGGAAAACAUAAACAAAAGUAGACACUAAAUCUAACACCAUUAACCUGUCAUUGGUAGUGGUACAACUAAGGGUUUGAAAUUGUGACAUACUGUAAAAUAUAUUGACUCAAGCUCUUUUCAAUGCAAGACCUUGAGUUUGUAGUUCUUUUGCAGUCCUGGGAUUGCUUCUUUUCAUCUUCAGACAAGGUCCCCAAAAACUGCCUUGCCGUUACUACUCAAUCCUAAUUGAAGGGUUCAUUUUUUAGUGAGGACAUAUUUGUUGACAUAGUAGCUUUUUAAGGUAACUUUUCCAAUGAUCUUUAUUUAUUUAUUUUUUUAGACGGCAACAGACUAGAGAACCUGAAUGACACCAUUACUCUGGAGCCUUGCCCUGCUGCAUCAGCUGAAACAUCAAGCCAUCCACCUCACCCCUCCUCCUCCACGUCCACCACUAUGUACAACCAUUACUCCAGCUCUUGGGUCUCACACUUACAGAUUCCUUGGGAAAGAUUUCCACUCCGACUGUGGCAUGCAAUCACAAGAGGGGACAGAGCUCAUCCAGAGGACAGGAGAAGUAUGGUUAGAAUUGUUGUGGAGGCCAUGCAAGUUCACUGCAGGAACCCUAAACGUGCAUCUUGUGAAGAAGUUGCUAAAAUCAUUGUAAACAGAUACCCUCAAACAUUUGCAGAUUUUACUGAAAAGGGAGAAAGACUGGGUUGUGGACAUUAUUCACUACUGAGAAGCAUCAAAUCUAGAGUUGAACAUGUUAAUCGAGAUAAUACAACACAUAGGCUUCGUCAAACAAAGAGAACCAGGAAUGAGGAAGACUGCAGUUCCAAUAGUAAUGCAACCUCACCUAAAAAAGUUAGAUGCCUUGUUGAUAGCUAUGGUUGUAUAAAUUGGCAACCAAUUGAACUUCCUGAGGGGGAAACGCCAGCUUCUUUAGAGGAAAAGAAGCACAUCUUGUUAACAAUUUUUAAUUCAGAAGGACCUGGAGCUGUGGAGAGACCUGAUGUGGAUGACUUCAUGUGCCUCACAUAUAUUUCUCAGUGGCAGCUUAUCAACAGUUGUCCCUCACUUUCAGUAGCUGAAAUUCAGGAGCAGUGGCCAUUCUUGUUUACUCGGAAAGGUCUUUCGAACCACUUUUACAAACUCACAGGGAUCGAUAUCAGUGAGCGCUUAGGUCAGGCCCUCAUAACCAAAGGCAGAAGGAUUAUUAACUAUUUCUCCAGCCAGAAGCUCAAAUGGAACCUUGGUAUAAGGACACUCAUCCAGCAGAUAGAAAGUGAGGGAGUUUUGACCAACAACAAGGUUGGCACAGCAGCCAUACUUCUCAUGAUGAAGUAUUACAAGGAAGAUGAAGACUCCCUCUUUGUCUUAGCAGAUGAAACAUCUACCAGGAUGUCCCUUGAAGCAGAGAGCAACCUGCCAAUCACUCCAAGGCUGAUUAUGCUUGGACAAAGUUCAAUGACCGCCACCUGCUGGAUGGUGAGCGCAGAGGGGCGUGUAAUUGUUGAGCUGGACAAAGAGAACACCUUUGCUGAUGAGAUGUCAGUCUUCUUUGGUUCAUUCUAUGUAUUGAACCUGGAAUACCAAGAGUCAGCGUGUGCAACAUUGGAACUAAUUCAGAGGUAUGUUUGAACAGUUAGCU